GUACGGACAUGAACAAGACCUCCUUACACUGUUACCCCGAAGUCAACACAAGCCGUUGACCGCAAUUUGUUGCAUGUUGACUUGGUAUCUCUAGCUUCUUCUCCGAGUCUUCUCCUCCACAUCGUCACAUUAAUGACACCGUGUGUAUACAAGGCACCACAAUCUUCUCACCGAACCCAAGACAUCAGUUUCUUCUCCUCCAAGUUAUAUAGGCACCGCAAUCCUUCUCGUUGAAGCCAAGACAUCAGUUUCUUCUCCAUCCAUCAAGAACAGGGAACAUGAAGCAGAAGAUAGUGAUCAGAGUGCAAAUAAAGUGCGACAAGUGCCGAUCCAAAGCCAUGCAGCUCGUUGCUGAAGCAGACGGGGUUGAUUCAGUUGCGAUAGAAGGGGAGAACAAGGAUCAACUGGUGGUCGUCGGCGACGGCGUCGAUCCCGCCAACGUGACAAUAGUUCUGAGGAAGAAAGUUGGCCGCGCAACCAUAGUGAAGGUGGAGGAAGUGAAGAAGGAUGCAGAGAAGAAAUCAGAAACCACGGUGCAAUGGUAUCCCAAUUACCCUCCGUGUCCUCAGACGGUGUGGUAUGAUUGUGAAAGCAGCAGCUCUAAUCCAAAUGCUUGUUCCAUCAUGUAAACAAUGGAUCAUGGAGGUCCAAAAACAUACCUGCUUUGCUGCUUUGAUUUCAUGCUAGGAAAUAACAAGGACAUGAUACUGUUUGCGAUUCCAAGUUAGGGGGAGGAUUUUGUGGUGUGGUCAUGUCGUGUGUACGUGAAAGCUUUUUCCUUUUUAUUUUCUUCUUGCUAUGCGUCAUCUAAUUUGUUUGUUUCCUCAUUAAAGUUCGAGUAAUAUAUUGAGAUAUUAUUAA